AUGGCCAGUGUGCUGUCCCGGCGCCUCGGUAAACGGUCCCUCCUGGGAGCCCGGGUGGUGGGGCCACCCGGGGCUGCCCCACCUUCGGAGCCGCAGGCGGAGCUGCUGGAGGGGGUGGCUCCCCAGCCCUUCUUCACCUCCAAGGACACGUCCUGUCAGGAGCAGCCCAAGGAAGUCCUCAAGGCUCCCAGCACCUCAGGCCUCCAGCAGAUGGCCUUUCAGCCUAGACAGAAGGUAGGAUGGUGCCUGAGUGGACACGUGUAUGUGUGGUAUGAGGGGCAAGAGUGCACGGGACUGGUGGAGCAGCACAGUUUGGCAGAGGACAAGGUGACGGUCUGGCUGCUGGACCAGAAGUUACAGAUCUGCUGCAAAGCGGAGGAGGUGUGGCUGGCCGAGCUGCAGGGCCCCAUUCCCCAGGGGCCACUUCCGGAGCAGGGAGCCGAGGCGCAAGCCUACAGGCCUGUCUCCAGGAACAUUGACGUCCCAAAAAGGAAGUCCGAGGCGGUGGAAAUGGACGAGAUGAUGGCGGCCAUGGUGCUGACGUCCCUGUCCUGCAGCCCGGUCGUGCAGAGUCCUCCUCGGGCCGAGGCCAACUUCUCUGCUUCCCGUGCGGCCUGCGACCUGUGGAAGGAGAGUGGCGAUGUGUCCGACAGCGGCAGCAGCACCACCAGCGGGCACUGGAGUGCGAACAGUGGCGUUUCCACCCCCUCGCCCCCCCACCCCCAGGCCAGCCCCAAGUAUCUGGGGGACGCCUUUGGUUCUCCCCAAACCGAUGCUGGAUUUGAAACUGAUCCGGACGCUUUCCUGUUGGAUGAACCAGCUCCACGUAAAAGAAAGAACUCGGUGAAGGUGAUGUACAAGUGCCUGUGGCCAAACUGCGGCAAAGUCCUGCGCUCCAUCGUGGGUAUCAAGCGCCACGUGAAGGCCCUCCACCUGGGGGACUCUGUGGACUCCGACCAGUUCAAGCGGGAGGAGGAUUUCUACUACACGGAAGUGCAGAUGAAGGAGGAAGCAGCUGCUGCUGGCACCCCCACUGCCGACUCAGCCCCCACCCCCGGUGUGACCAGCCUGCCCCUCGCCAUUCUUCCACCGCCUCCUCCCAAAGGCCAGCCCUCGGGCCCAGAGCACCCUGGCCUGGAAUCCUACCUGCCCUCCGGUGCUCUCAGCAAGUCAGCUCCCGGCUCCUUCUGGCACAUUCAGGCUGACCAUGCAUACCAGGCCCUGCCGUCCUUUCAGAUCCCCGUCUCACCGCACAUCUACACCAGUAUAAGCUGGGCCGCCGCCCCCUCCACGGCCUCCUCCCUCACUCCGGUCCGGAGCAGGUCGCUAAGCUUCAGCGAGCCCCAGCAGCCACCACCUGCCAUGAAAUCUCACCUGAUUGUCACAUCUCCACCCCGGGCCCAGAGCAGCACCAGGAAGGCCCGCGGGGAGGCUAAGAAGUGCCGCAAAGUGUACGGCAUUGAGCACCGGGACCAGUGGUGCACAGCCUGCCGCUGGAAGAAGGCCUGCCAGCGCUUCCUGGACUGAACCUGCCGGCCGGCUCCCCCUCGCUGCUCCCGGCCCCACGGCAGCCAGAUGACAAAAGGCGGACCCGUGAGCCCUCAGCAGACACCUACCGAUAAAGAGUGGACACUGGGAGUGUGGGCUCUCUUGGCUGAGGUUUAAUACUUAAACCCCUUUUCCCUCCCUUGUGGGCACAUUUUAUUUUUUAAAAAGAGAAACGAACCUAUUUUUUCCCCCCUCAAGGAGGAGAGAGCCAAAACUGACCAAGGGUAUUCUGCAGCGAACUAGAGACCAAAGAAUGAAUGGGCCUCCCUUCCCCACAUCCCCUCUCGCCAGGGGAUUAGUGUGUAAGCAUCAAAAGAAGGAACCGCUCAUUCUGUUUCCUGCUGAGUUGGUGAAUUCUUUGCUUUCUCAACUCACCCAGAAAGGACUGUGAGCAAGAUGAAUUUACUUUUCUUAAAAAAAAAAAAAAAAAAAAAAAAGUUUCUGGCUGAUGACUCAGAAAGCAGGACCUGCCGUUGGGGUGGGAAGAGUGGGGGGUAUCUGGGCGGUUUUUUGUUGUUUUUUUUUGCAGCAAGCCCUUCUCCACCUGAACCCUGGAGAAUGGAGAGCUUGUCUCGCCAAGCAGCUUCCAUGGAAGUAAAAGGACAACCUUCUGGUGACAACUCUCUGAAUCUGGGUCCCCUCAGACGUUGGGUGGCAUCCCAACACGUACUGCGCGGCUUCUUCUCAAAGCCCAGACCCAGCGUUUUUUAAAGACUGUCCCCAAGUAGCUGAGCCAAAAGGCUGAUCAGAAUUCACUUUUUGACAUGUGGCGGUCAAACACUACCUUGAUAUUCUUUCCUCUUUCCUUGAGGAAAAGUGAGAGGGUUUCUGUAUCUGUGAAAGCUCUCUGCUAAAACACUUUGUUUUCUUUUAUGGUGUAUUCAGAAGCCUUUAUCUGAUUAAAGUUCCCCUUUAUUUGGGUGGUAGGUUCCUCUCUGCCUCUGGUUUCACCAGGGAUUUCCCCAUUUCCCUCCCGAGGCUACAGGCAGGGCUGGUGGGGAAGGAGAGAGAAGAGCAUAGGUAGGUAGGUGAGUGGCAGCUUGCCCACCGAUGGAGAAGCAGUUGGCAGGUCUCUGAUUGUUUGAUGGCUCAGCUGCCCCUUUGGGAGCAAUCUCAUCCCUCCCUUAGGUGACAAGUGGGAUAGGACGCAAGGCAGGAGGCUUCUGGAUUUGUUACCCGGGUUGGCCCAGCCUGGUGAUGAGGAGGUAAUGUUAUCUCAGUGUGGUGUGACCGUCCCAGGUACCUGCUGAGCACCUUCUUGCCUGAAGGCAGGAUGGAGAAGGUUAGAGAGAGAGCUGAGGAAAUGGGGUGAGGAGGACCUGGGGAUGCCUUCCCAGCUCCUGGUGCGUUAGCCCGGGGUGUUUCUGGAGGCCACAGCAACUGAGGGGAGCCUGUACCGCAUUGCUCAGGAGGUUAAUGAGCAAAGCUUGUCUGCGGAGAAGGAGAGAGAUGUGGCGAGUUUAGUGCCAUGCCCACCAGGGGUUAAGAUGGGGUGAGCUGAGCCCCUGUUGGUUUCAGAGCCUCGCCUGCCUUCCUAGGAACUGUGGCCAUUCCCUGAGGCCUGCUUGACCAGCUGCCUUGGACCCAUGUCCUAGAUGUCAGGGGCUCAGGGAACCCCACCAAGCCACUCUGGGGAAAGAGCAGCAGCAUCCCCUCUGUGGGCUGUCAUUGAGCCCAGGAGGAAACCUCCUGCCCCAGGGGGAAAUACCUGGCUAUCGGGAGCUCCUUUGGCCGCUUCCCAUGGGAAUGUGCAUAUGCCUCGCGGUGGGAGGCAGGUGGAGCGUGAGGACACCUGCCCACCUGAGAACAGGGGCGUGGCUUUGUGAAAGGUGAUGGGGACCCGGGUUUGGUGACAGAGGGAAAGACAGUUACGCACAGGUGUCUUGGGUGGUGAUGGGGUAUAUUUUUAUAACUUUGUGAAAAAAGGUUACGUGGAAUCUCUUCCUCGGUAAAGCUCAAAGCCAGGCCAGCCGGAGGUGGCCCAGGGCUCUCCUUCCUGUCCCUUCAGCCUCCCUGAGAAUGAAAAGCUCGUCCUGAUUCUACUCACCUCCCACGCUGUCCGUUUUCAGGGCUUCUCGGGGAGGGGAGGGGAGGGCGUGUGUGAGGCGCAGGAUGCUGCCCAGCAGUAUCUUCCCUUCCCUCCCCUUCCCUUCUUAAUCCCAUCUUUAGAAAAGCUGUUCCCAUUUCCCCCUCGGUUUGGAUUGUGCAGAUAUAACUGGAUAUAAAGGUGUCCUCUAAGGGAGGUAGGCUUUUCAUGUCUUUGGUACCCAGGGCAGAGAAGGAAGAGAGAAAGAAGGAAUUGACGAAACCAUUGAAAAGCUGAGGUGGUUUUAUUUUUUAUUUUAUCUUUUGAUGUUUUGUUUUGGUGCAGCUUUCCCUGUCUGCAUUUGCUCCUGUCUUAUUUCGGGUGGUGGCGGCCCCCUCUGGCGUCCCUCUUCCCGCACCUCAAUCUCGUGGCUGUUGUGUUGGUUCCUGACGUGUGGUCUGUCCUUGGGGUUCCCCCGUUUGUUUCUUCUCGGAGGGUGGGGUGGUUUGUGAACCGAUCCAGUGAUCGUGCCUGUUUUUUUUUUCAUCUCUGUGUCUCUCUCCCUAACUUCCCGGCCCACCUGGGCAGCAGAAUCUGAGAGAAGGUAAGAUGCCACAGGUGCACGUUGGAAACUAACAGGACUGGUCAUCAAAUGCAGUUAUUUUGGGGAAACUUUAUUUCACUGGCAUUACCCUUAUUCCAAAUAUUUCUUGGAGUUACCUUGGGAGUCUGGUGGCUACCGUGACCAGCCUUAAUGAUACGGAACCUGCCCUCAGGCUGACUCAGUGCAGAGAGAGCCCCGAAUGGCGGUGGCCAAGUGGGGUCACGGGUGCAAAGCACAAGGACUGACUAGUGAGUACAGUAAUUGGACUCAAUUGUGUGGUGUUGGAGCUGGCUGGGGAAGCAGUUCUGCAGUUUUAGAGAGCAUUUUGAGCAAUGUCCACAUGGCGAUGGUACACCUAUGGCUUCUGUCCUUGGAGGACAUGAUUAAUUUGGAGGUGGAUACUCUGAUUUGUUUGAAGAAAUCUGUCCUGUUAUUUUCUGCUCCUCCCAGGUUCUGACUUUACCAGGGGCAAAAAAAAAAAAAAAAAAAAAAAAAAAAAAAAAAAA